AAAGGAUGGGCGUGGCUUGUGGUCUCGCAGGAUUCAGAUGGCUAUGUUUGGGGAACUUCGGUGUGCGAUUUUAACGAUGCACCUGUGUUAGCCAGGUGAUACCAGAACAGGUAAAUCAGGAAGUAAACACGCGCGUCAGGUUCUCAAACCAAACACGUACUUUAUGAAGAUGAAAUCUAAAAGAAGUAGUCUUUUUAGCUCUCCAGACUGACAUGAACAUCCUGCUGCAUCCUGUUGUUGUUUUCGUAUUGACAGGUCUGGCUUUGGGCGUCGUAUGUUUGGACCCUGUUCCCAUUCAGUUUGUAAAAAAUCCAGUGCUGGUGGCGUCGGGUAACAAUGCGAUCUUUACGAUACAGACCGCUUCUGAUGCGUCCCUUAUCAGAUGGAUUACUCCAGGAAACAUCACGCUGGCCAUGUGGACGAACGGAUUGCCGGUUUUGCAACAAGUACCCGGAUACCAGGGGAGAAUCUCUGUUACCGCCACUCAGCUUACAAUCACCAACAGCCAGCUUAGUGAUUCUGGGACUUAUAGUGUCUCAGUCGAACCUUCUGCAUCCAGUGGACUCGGGGUUAACACACAAUCGAUACAGCUCAAAGUCUUGGAUGCUGUGAAUGGAGUGACUUUGUCUCUACCCGGGGUGCCUCAGGAAGGCAAAAACAUGUCGUUGCUUUGCAAAUGGUCUGCAGGGACUGAUGUCAAUGUGCUUUGGGGUAAAGGAGGCGCUGCGCUGUCCUCUGACACCCGCAUUACAAUCAAUGCUGGAUCUCUGGUCAUCAGUCCGGCCAGUAGAGAUGAUUCAGGACAAUAUACAUGCACGGUCAACAACUCUGUCAGUGCCCGAACUGCCAGCUCCAGCCUCAGCGUUUACUAUGGUCCAGACGCCCCACAGUUGAAUAAGACCUCAUCUGCGUGUGUUGGUGGAGGAGACGCCACAGUCGGCCAAACCGUCCGUCUCACCUGCACAUCCGCAUCUCUACCUCCAGCUUCAUUUUCGUGGGAACUUAAUGGCCAACCGGUGACCGCAGGCCAGUCGGGCACUGGUGUGCUGAAUCUGCAGAUCUACUCGACCAGUCAGGGUGGCCGUUACACCUGCACAGCACGAAAUUACAUCACAGGGGCGACAUCUGCGCAGCAGAUUGAUGUGGUCAUUGUUGGCACUUGUCUCAGUGGAGGAGCUGUGGCAGGGAUCGUCAUUGCCUGUUUUGUUGCGCUCCUCAUAAUUAUCAUUGUCAUUAUUGUGCUUUUGCGACAAAGAAAAGUUGAUCAAAGAGUCAAGGAAGCUUUUGAACUUCAGAAAACAAACCAGAAUAAUGGCCACAUGGUUUCUGUUCCUCCACUGCACGACAACAAUAAUCUUCCUGUCAAUGGAAACCUAAACAAUUCGAGCUCACAGAACCAGCAGAUCUUUACCAGUCUUCCCAAUAACAGCAAUGGGAACAUUCAUGCAGCGGCACAAAAUGGCCUCGGCAACACCAACCCACUCCGUCACAAUGGACAUUUGAGCACUGAUGCUUUUCAGCACAACUUAAGUGCACUUUCAAACAAUGACCAUCCAAACACUCUUUCAUAUCCAAACAACUCCAGGUCGAACCCACAGCCUGUCCAACAAAAUCCUAACAUUUUGAUUCAAACGGGUAAUUCUCAACCUGGUGCGCCUGUCCCUACAGUUCAUGUAAACCUCAGCACGUUGCCAAAUACUGACCAGCACAUAAGCGCACAGCCUCACACAGUGAAUGUCAAUCUCAACACGUACCCUCCAGAAGCAAGCCAGCCAAGUCACCGAAACGCUGACCCGAGGGAAAGCACGCUACAGAGACAACACGCUAACCCCAACCUUCUGAAUCCAUCUCAGGGUGGCUCUCCUAGAUCGGAUAAUCCAGCACAGACUGGAGUCGACGAUGCUUUGAUGAAUAGAUCUCAUCAACCCAGCGGACUCAUUCAGACCAGUUACUCGCAUCCUAGCAACCGAACAGAUACCAGACGUCGCCCUGACAACUCGCAGUCAUCGAGAGAAGAGCAUCCCCGACGUUCCAAUCCAACUCAGAUGCCGUGGGACAUUUUGCGGGGGACACCAGCUUAUCCCAACCCCCAAAUUGACAGCUCGGACAGCGGUGGAUCCUUAGAGCGGCAGCCUAGAUCCUCACGAGACACAAGGGGUGCUCGUUCCGGUCAAAGGCACAGAGUUGCUGAACCUCCCACCCCCCAAGUUAACAGCUCGGACAGCGGUGGAUCCUCAGAGCGGCGGCCUAGAUCCCCACGAGACACACGGGGUGCUCGUUCCGGUCAGAGGCACAGAGUGGCCGAACCUCCAGGUGGGGUGAACCAGACGGCUCCUGCGGCCCGAGGAAGAGACCCCCAGAGAUCGGUCGCACCUAACCACUCUCAAAUCAGCCCAGAUGUGCAGAACAUUAUACAGUCUCAAAACCAGACCGCCCCUAGACAAGCAGUAACUCAGGCCAAACUCCCUCAGAGUCAGAACGUCACGAAUCUACCUCAAGAAGCAACCAUACCUUAUCACAACGAGACACACGAUCGUCCUCGGACACAAGCGACCUACACGCAGACCAUGCCACAGCCAUCUAGCCCUCUAACUCAGGAAGCCCUUCGCCAGCACACCAUCCAGACGGAGAACCCCUUCAUCAACCGAAACCAGCAGACUCAAACCGUCCUGCAGAACCCCGGUGCUCCAUCUAAACCUUCCCAACCCACCCAGAAGCCCAACAAAGCAGGUCAGAAGCCACCCACUCCACCUCCGGUGCUGCAGCCGGAUGAGUUCCAGGCGCUGCCACGGGAACGUGUGCACCAGACGCGCAACCUUCAGCCUGUGCAUGUGGCCCGUCAACCCGUUCACAUGCCACAUCCACACAGAUCUCCAAACAUGCACAGGCAGACUCGAGUAUGGCAUACAAGCCCUCAACGAAUGCCACCCAUGCACCCAGCCAUGCACCCAGCCAUGCACCCAGGCAUGCACCCAGCCAUGCACCCAGCCAUGCACCCAGGCAUGCACCCAGGCAUGCACCCAGGCAUGCACGGACAGCCUGUGCAUCUGAGACAGGUCCACAGAGGAAAACCCAGGCACUGAGAAAACACAAACUUCUUGCACUGAGAAAAAAACUUCUUACAAAUCACAUUCUGUCUCUGUUUGGAUGAAGCACAAGAUAUUUACUUUUUUCUAAAAGCGAAUUAUUGAUAAUAGGACUGAUCUCUUGUUCUCGCUGACACUGCUGUGUGGCUGUUGAACAGGCCAUCGGGUGCAUAUCAGGACAAUACUGAUGAAAAUUGAUUCAGGACUUGAGCUGAACUACUAAAUGAUAAAUAAUG